GUCGCUCCCCCGGGGAUGGGGGAGAGGAGUUGCCCGCGGCAGCCACGCCCCCUCCUAACCAGUCCGGCCCCCACCCUCCCGACGGGUCGCCUCCCUCCCUCGCUCCCUGCCUGCCUCGCUCGGCCCCGCCCGCCACCCCGGGCCCCACUUCUCAGAGCCAGGCUGACUGCCAGGGGAGACACCAGGCUGACUCUCCCCGACGGGCCCUUGUCCCUCAGCAGGAGGGCGCAGGCGCCCGGGAUCGACGCUGAGCAGCCGGUGAGCUCUGAACGCCGGGGAAAGCGCCCUGCGGAGCCCCGGGGGGCCACCCCAGCGGAGGGGAGAGCUAGAGAAGGCGUCUGGGACCGCCCGCAGCCAGCGCUAUGGCCAUGGCAGAAAUCUGGGGAGCCUUGCAAGACAAACACAGAUUGCCAUAGUGAGUGCUGUGUCCUAAACACUUCUGUGCAGAAAAUUUGUAGGAGGAGGACGUUUUUCAGGCAGUGCAACUCUUGGCAGAAGUCUCUUGGAUAUAACUGCAAAGACUCUUCUGAGUGCUUCAGCAAUUGUUGCACAUAUACCAGCAAUAAUCACCAGAAAAUUUGUGCUCCGAGGACCAUUUUCCUGCAGUGUCUAUCUUGGAAAAAGGAAGAAGGAGAAGUCUGCAGUAGCCAUGAGGAGUGUAUAAGUGAUUGCUGCCUCAGGAGAGAAGAAGACGAAGUCUUCCAAUGCACAGAAAAGACAGGACUGUUUAUCAAAUGCUUACUUCUGCCUGCAAAAACAUACGAAAAUGAAAAGGACAUAUUUCAGAGAAAUAUCCGAGGAAAUUGGAGGAAAAGGAUGAAGGCUGCUCCGGUGACACAGCCAGUGACAUUGGCCGCCACAGGUAGAGGAGAGAGCAACUAGCAGUGGAAGCCAAGCCUGCCCCCACUGGCCUUUUCUCCACCCAAUGGGAAGCCAAGUAAAGGAGGGGCUACUCCUUUCUUCUUCCUGUUCAUCCCACCCAAUACAAUCCAGAUGGAGAUUCAGAACCAAGAGUCUACUCUUUCCAUUGUUUCUUUUCCCACUGAGGCAGCCAUCUUUUUGUUAAGCUUGAUUCAAUCAGAUAAAAGUGCAUUUACUUUG